UCGUUAAAUGCGCAUAUAUUGUCAACACAUUGAUAAAUCUUUUCAACGUUUUGAUAAAUUAUUCAGCUAUUAAAUCCUCCAGCAUGAUCAUCUUGGAGAAUAAAAUCAAGCUGUUGAGUUUGAUUUUUUUGAUAAUUAAUAUCAACAAAUCAUGUGCUGAAAAUUAUCCUGAUGAAUUUUGUUCUUUGGAGGUCAAAGAAAUAUCACCAAAUGACAAAAAUACACUUGCAAAAUUGUCAACUGGACAAAUUAAUUUUGCAAUAAAUACACUUGAUAAAACAGCUUCAAUUGUGAGCAAAGAAAAUAUUGUAUUGAGUCCUCACAGUAUUUAUGAAGCUUUGUUAAUUGUUUACAUUGGUUCUGGAGGAAGUACCAUGAAAAAUUUACAAAAAAUACUUGGAAUUCCUGAUGACUUGACUCAGGAUGACAUUGAAGAAUUUUACAUGUCAGAUUACUGGAAAAAAACAUGUUCAAAAUAUGUGGAUGACACAUCAAUGAGAUCAAAAUUUUUGGUUGCAAAUCGUAUAUACAUGAGUGCAGAGUUAAAAACAAAUAAUAAAAUUCUCAAACGUAUCAGUGAAAAGUUUAAUGAAGAUAAUUCAAUGUUAGAGUUAAAUACAAGAAGAAUAAAUAUCAACAAAUGGGUUGAAGAUAACACUGAUAAAAAUAUACAAGAAAUGAUUUCACCAGGUGACAUUUGGAGUGGUGCUGAUGUUAUAUUUGUCAAUGGUGUUUAUAUGAAAACAACUUGGAAACAUCCAUUUGAUCCAGCAAGCACAAAAGAUGAUAUUUUUUAUGGAUUUGAAAAUACCAAUGUUCGUUAUAUGUUUCAAGAAAAAAAUUAUCUUUACAAAUAUUCAAUGUAUUUGGGCGCUGAAAUUCUUGAGCUGCCUUAUGAUGAUGAUGACAUUAGCAUGUACGUUUUUCUUCCAACAAAAACCAGUGAUGAUGAUGAUGGUAUAAAAAAUCUAAUUGAUCAAAUGAAAACUCAACAAGGUAUUGUUGAACUUGGUGAUAUUUUUGUUAAUUAUAAAAUGGAUAAAAAAAGUGUCAAGUUGUUAUUGCCAAGAUUUAUUAUUGAGAAGGAAUUACCAAUUGACAUUAUACUUGAUAGUAUGGGAUCUGGUGAUUUAGUUGGAAGAAAAAUAAAUCCAAAUUUAAGCAGAUUUACAGAAAAUGAUAUUUAUCUCGCUGAUUUUGUUCAUAAAACAAAAAUUGAAGUUGGUGAAGAUGGAAUAACACCAGAUGAUCAUCAUGAGGUUCAUACUGAAUUUAAAGAUAAUGGAGAACCUGUUAAAUUUUAUGCAAAUUAUCCAUUUAUUUAUUUAAUUUUUGAUAGAUUUACAGAGACAAUAUUACUUGCUGGAAUUUAUAGAUCUAAUUGA